AAUUGGACCGUACUUUAGCGACGGCAAAAACAACGAUGCACAAAUAAUGAAGCACAUCAUUCAACAUGACAUUGAGGAAUUUAAAGAAUGGGUGACUGAGGAUGACAUUAUGAUUGUCGACCGGGGUUUCCGAGAUGCACUUGACUUACUGCAAGAAAUGGGUAUCCAAACAAAAAUGCCAGCUUUUAAUAAAAAAGGGGAGUCUCAACUUCCAGUUGAAGACAGCAACGUAACAAGACUAGUUACAAAAAUCCGUUGGGUGGUAGAGUCCGUGAAUGGCCGCAUUAAGUCAUGGAAAUAUCUAGAUAGAGUUCUACCAAAUAGCCAGAUUCCAUUUGUAUCUGAUUAUGUCAAUAUUGCCUGUGCAAUCAUGAAUAAAUAUUGGCAAGAACUAAAUACAGGGGACUCAGAACAAGAUGAACAAUUGGCGUCUAAAAUGCUUUAUCUUUCAAAGCAAAAGAACUUACUCCAUGAGAAAAUAAUAGAGGAAGGCCUUGACAAACGUUCUUGUAAAUGGCAAAAGAUUGAUGCUUCAUCCGCCCCUACUUUUCCCCGUUUAUCAGAAGAAGAUAUAAGAAAUAUUACUGUUGGAGUCUACCAACUAAAACUUGCUCCAAGUUAUACAAGAGAACACCUAGAUGACGAUGGUAAUUAUGAAGUUUUUACAUGUGACCAUGAAGAGAAUCUUUUGUGUGCUAAAAUUCAAUCAAGACAUAUAUCAUCAAAAUGCUAUCGUGUAUGGGUUAAAUAUGAUGACAUUAGUGUCGUGGGUUGGUAUUGCCAGUGCAAAGCCGGAAGUCGUGUUGUAGGAACCUGCUCUCAUGUUACGGCCUUAAUUUGGUAUCUUGGUAUUGGAAAGUACACGGAUAGAAUUUUAGAAAACUGUCGUGAUUGGAGCAAAUAUCUUCUUGAUGCUCGUAACCUGCCAGAUCCAGUUACUGUUGACGAAAGUGACAACGAGGAAGCAAAUGAUGAAGAGUGAAUGACGUGAAAAUUCAUUAUUUGUUUUUUAAUUUGAAAGAAAUGACAAAACGUUUAAUUCCUUUUUGAACCAUACAUUUUAUAGUGUAUAUCAUUUGAUAUGUCUGGAAAUGUUUUUACCAACUGCUUCCUCCGACAUUGUACAGAAUUGAAAGAAUAGUUGUUAAUUUGCUUGGUUCCUUUUUAUCUAAAAUCGUACUUCUGCAAAAUUAUGUCUGUCAUCAGGAAAUGUGUCUUAUGUAAAAGUGUACUCUCCGGUUUUAUGUAUUAGUGUAUAUGAAAAAAAAACAAUCCGUGUUCUUUAAGACUUACAGAAAGAUAGUUCAAUGCACGGGUUAAAAUAACUGAAUCCAUUUCUUUUAUAUUUCAAACCGUAGGAAAUCAUUAGAUAGUCGCUGUACGUAGUAGCUCAUUUUUUAUAUGGGUUAUUAUAUAUGUGACCCAAUGUGUAUUUUAUGUAUAAUACAUCACAUUUCUACUAUUUUAAUCACCUUAUCCAUUCGUAUGACCGUGCGUUUGUCAAACAAAUAUUUUCUAAAUAUUUCUUUCCUCAAAACUAAUAUACAUGUCAGAAUGUCAUCAUAUUUUGUCAGCGACCAACCCUAUCAAGUUGUAGUUUGUGUGUUUUUUUUCUCUCGAAUAUCUCAGACAAUAACUUCAUGUUUUCUUGUAUGUUGAGUAACUAGUUCAACAUAUUUCUUCAUAUACAUGUUUUUCAUAUGACUAUUUGCAAGUAAUUGUAAGA